GAAUUUUUAUCAAUAAAUAUACGGCAUUUUUAAAUAAAAUGAAUUCAAGUGAUGGCAGCAAUGGCUCUGGAGGUGGCAGUGGAGCUGGCCCAGGAGGUGGCGGCGGCGGAGGAGCCAAAAUAACACAUGUCAAGACAACAACAAUAGAUGCCGUUGGCAGUGGUAUAUCAUUGAGUGGUUUAACACCAACGGGCGGCGGUGGAGCAGGAGGUACCACAGGCGGCGGUACCAUUGUAACAAGUGCUGGCCUAUCUGCCGUGGGUGCAAUUAAAGUUGGCAAUAGUGGUGCUGUUGCCACCUCACUAGGUGGUACACCAAUUGCAUUGAACUCCUCGCAGGGUUCGACAGGUGCCAGUGGUGGUGCCACAUCAAUACGUGCCAUAGGUGCUGGUGGCCAGUCCACACAAGUUCGGGUGGUUAUGAGCAACAUAAUGUCACCGUCAAUGAUCAAACAGCUGGAAAAUGCCGCUGGCCCCGGACGUACACAAAUUACCACAUUUCCCACAGCCCCGGCCAGAUCCGUUUCAAAUACUUCGAUAACCGUAACCAGAUCGGCAACACAAGCCACCUAUUUGCCGCGGCCCAAUGCAACGGCAACACAAAUGUCGGCUGUGGGAAUGGGUAUACCGACGGGCGGUGGACAACGUCUGGUCACGCCCCUUAGGACCACCCCAGUCUCCGGACAGGGAGGAACGUCGGGAGGAGGGGCCACAGUUACUGGUAUUACGGCCACGGGGAAUUUUGUGCGCGGCACAGCUGUUAGUCGGCAAACAUCAUCGCCGGCCACCACAGUUAUAUCACCGGCCACAAGUACAACAUGGAUGGCGGCAGCUAACCAGGCGGGGCAUCAAGUGCAAUUAAUACGAGCCAUACCACAUCAGACCAGGCAACGUAUUAUAACCACCCAGGGUAUUAGUGGUGUACCGGUAUCGGCCACGGGAUCUGUGGCAUCAGUUAGUGGUACUGUCGUUACCACCACAGCAUCGGCAUUGCAGGCAGGAGGAGGCGGUAUGGUUUCCCAACAACAUCUAACACCAACGUCACAACAACAAUCCACCAUACAAUCUGUGUCCUCAGCCUCAGCGUCAUCGUCACAGCAACAACAGCAGGCCCAACAACAAACCUAUGUGGCCACCGUAUUACCAAAUAGGCAGCAUCAAGCCACCUUGGUUUAUUCCUCAAAUGUAACUGGAUCUCAACAAUUGACCACCGGUCAACAACAGCAGCAACAACAAUUUAAUCCCACCUCCGUGGCUGGUGGUGCUGGCGGACCAAGAUUUACUGUGGCCACACAACUAACACCAGGCAGUGGUGGUGGUGGCGGCGUUGGUGCUACACGACAAAUACGUCCAAUACCAUUUGCCAAAUCAUUUUCGGCCACCAAAUUAAAUACCACCAGUAUAAGUAUACGGGCACCGAAUUUACCACAAUUGACACCGUCCAUGGCAGCGGCUGCAGGUGUAUCAAAUGUUGUCAGCUCAUCGGCUAGUGGUGGUGUGGCGGGUGCAGCAAAUUCCCCACGUAGUACCACAGUGACUGGAGUAACCGGAUCCAGUGGUAAUGUAAUACCAUCGACAACAACACGUAUCAUACAGCUGCAGCAACAGCCGGGUGGAACAACCCAACAGAUUAUUGGUUCCACCGGACGUUUGGCUGCCAAUGUAAUGUUGCAGCCCAUAAUUGUGAAUACGGCGGGGGCCGGGAAGAUUGGUAUACGUCCUCCCGUAACAAUGGCCGCCAAAGUUCAACCACCCUUAACCAUAACCCAAUUGGGUAUUGGAAAAUUACCUUCUUCAUCGGUGUCGUCAGCAUCAGCAUCCUCUUCAUCAUCAUCGGCAACAUCUGCCUCUACUGGUGGUGGUGGUCAACAAAAUAUCAAUACAAGUUCCGGUAAUGCCUCGCCAUCCAUCUCAUCGGCGGCCAGUAUAACCGUUACAAAUCUAUCCACAAAUGCCACAACACAAUUGGUAAAUGUCUCACAGGGUGGCGGCAGCAGUGCGGCCGGCCAACUCUUGGCCACACAAAAUUUGAUAACAUCCAGUGCUGGCGGCGGUAAUGCCACCGUGACAGCUGCCGGCGGAGCCACCGUUGUUCCUUUGUCGAUAAAUGCCCGAGGUACACUGACCGGUACAAUGACACCCAUUAAAAAUGCUAAUGCCAUUACGGUGGGUAAAGUUAUGACACAGGCCCAAUUGGCCGCCUCCCAUUCGCCAUUGGACAGUGGAUCAACGAAUUCUUCCUCCAAUAACAAUUCAUCGGCGGCCAAUGUUUAUAUACAUGCAGCCAGCCAUCCGCCACAAAGACCGCACAGUAAUAGCAGUACAAGCAGUAAUAGUGGUGCGGGUGGUGGUGGCGCCAGUGUUGUUGUCAACACCUCAGGAGGAGGAACAGGAGUUAUAAAUACCAGUCAAGCCCCCCCUAGUGUCCUAACCUCAACUGGCAAUGUUGUGGCCGGAACAUUUUUACAACCCGGCAGUACCAUUUACUAUGAAUCGGUACCAGCCAGUUCAGUACAAGUUUCCACCGGUGUAUUAUCCCUGACCACCACAACAGUUACCAGCAGUACCAUGUCUCAAAAUCAAAUUGCCAGUUCAGCGGCAGCAGCGGCGGCGGCUAAUUUAUCAAUAUCCUCUUUGCCAUUUGUAAGCCACUCUGGUGGUGGUGGUAAUUCGACAACAGCCACCUUUACCGUUGUGCCAUCUACCGGUGGACGUACCAUUGGUCAAUUGCAAAUACCCGUUUCAAAUGCUGCUGGCGCCCAAAUACAAACGGUUCCCGUGCGUUUUAGUCAAUUAUCAGGACAAAUGUCAGCUGAUGCAUCGGCGGGUAUAUCUGUAUCGCAAGCAACAGCUAACCAGAUACUACAACAAUCGGCUGCGGCGGCGGGUUUGGAAACAUCACAAAUAAUAAUACCAGCAUCCCAGGCGAAUGUAACAUCAACAGCAGCCUCCGCCCAGCAGCAUCAUCAUCAACAGAUGGUUAUACCCUUGCAAACAUCCAUAAAAGUCACAUCGGGUGGUGGUUCAACGGGCACCGCUGUGGUGUCGAAUUUUUUGCGUAAACGUGAUAUUGAUGGUUCACCCAUAAGGGCAGCCAAAAAUCUACAACCCACUCUAUUAUCAAUGGGUUCGGCGAAUAAUAUCAUCCAUAAUAAUAAUUCGGCGACAUCAGCAGCCGCCACCUCUUCAAUUGGUGGCAGUUCAUCGUCCUAUAGUUUAAGCUCUGUGACAACAUCAUCGUCAUCCGGUGCGACAACUGUUCUAACAGCUGAAGCUUUGGCCAAAAAGGAUAGAAAUGCCGCCGCCAACAAUUGUUUGUCCUCAUCAGCGGGAAUUAAUUCUUCGCUAACGACAUCGGUGACACGAUCAUCCCGGGCCGAUUCACCAGCCUCGUCAGAUGGCUCAACAACCGUGUCCGCCAACUCUUCACCCGGUGUGGAACAACAAAUUCAGGAUAAUAAUAUGAUUAUAAAUCGUAUGACUGGUAGUGGUUCUAAUCACAGCAUCGAAUCACAUUUUAAUCCAAUUAAUGAGCUUUACUCCAAUCAUCUUUCUGUGGUUCCACAGCAGCAUCAUAUUAUACCCGGCACCCCGGUUACCUCAAGAAAUCUACAAAAUUCAAUGGAACAUCAUCAUCAUCACGGAACAUCGUCGUCAUCGUUACAUGGCUCAAAUUCAGCAACCACAGCAUCGGCCAUAACCAUACAACAAAGACUUAAUGGGGUUGGUGGACCAUUGGAGUGUCCACCACGUAAAAAAUCCCGGCGAUCAACCAAUGAUAGUCAAUUAUCCAGCCACAGUCAGGCAUCACUUAGUCUACCACCACCUCAGGCCAAUAGUGCCACAAGCAGUUUAGCACAACAAACACCCGCCAUUAUUGCCCAGGAAGCAGGAUCUACUGCUGUAACUAAUGUUAUUAGUAAUGGUACCGUAACACAAAAUACAGUCAGUUCCGGGGGAUCAUCCGCAUCGGCACCCCCAGGUAAUGAGGUUGUUAAUGGCAAAGAGAACACCAAACCUGUGGAAUUUAUAUUGAAACGUCCAAAGAAUUGUACUCUAAUGAGUACCUAUAAACAAACCUGGAAAUCGGCCUAUAAUCAUUUUCAACGUUAUUCCGAUGUUAAGCCGCGCGAAGAACGACGUCCCACCAUUAUGGAUUUGGCCAAUCAAAAUAAUGUCUUGGGUAAAAUAAAUGGCUGGAAAAUCUAUCAUUUAAAAUCGCAAAUGGAAGAUUUGUGUGAAAACGAAUCCUUGGGUUAUGAAAAAUUAUCCAGCAUGUUGAAACAAAUGGAAUCGAAUGGCAUUACCAAUGAAAUUGAACGCAUUAGCGAUCUACUAAAGGGUAACAUGCAACGUAGUAAAAUUAUUGUUGAUGGUGUCAGUGAGGCACAAAAUCAAAUAAUGAAAAUAUUCGAACAUAAAUCCCAUGUAUCGGAUAUUAUUACACGUUGUGCCUCGAAGCGCAACUAUAAAAAACGUGAGAAAGUUUAA